AUGCCUCGUCCACUGAGUGAUUCAUGGCAAUACUUUGAGCUAUUAUCGCCAGACAAUGGAAGAAGCAAGAAGGCAAGAUGUUCGUUCUGCGGACAUGAACAAGCUGCUGGCAUUACACGAUUGCACCAACAUUUGCUGUAUCGCUGCUCAAGGAUUUCAUCAGAGAUCCGUAAUCAAUUGCGACAAAAGCAGGACGAUAGAGGACAUGAUACACCAGUGCCUCACAGAAACGAUUUGCUGCACUCUCAGCCAUCAUCUACUGUAAACUAUCAAUUCGAUCCCACAUUGCAAAAUAUCCUCAAUUCUUCACCGACAUCUGCUCUGAAUACACACUCAAAUUACUUUGAUGCUGCUCUCUCUCCCACAACGUCAACCGCCUUCUCGACUGCCAAUCCGCUGUCAUUUGCACCAAACACUGACAGUAUAAAUCAACAGCAGCAACAACAGUAUCAUCACACGCAACAACAACCUUCACAGCAGCAACGGCAACCAGAUAGAUCCCAGGCAAUGCUGGAUUGGCAUCUGGCUCGUGCCUUGUUUUCGGCCAACAUUCCCUUUGACAAAAUAGAGAACCCUCACAUCAUCGAGUUUUUUAAACGCUUACAACCAAACUACGUUCUUCCCAAAGCAAGACGUCUACAGCAGUUCCUGCUCAAGGAGCAACAUUGGGAUCUCAUUCAAGGUAGCGAAUCCAAUGCAGCACAACAAAUGCCAUCGCCGCCGACGCCUACUUCAUCACUCCAUGCUACAUCACAACAACAUGUGUUACAGCAACGUCAAAACAAUGUGGGACGCUUGGGAUUACCUCCUGACGGCAAUACUGUGUCCAUCAACAACAACAACAUUAGCAAUAACACUGCCCUCGGAAGUCGGCUACUGGCGUCGAUUCAUCCUCCAGCUGAACUUGAAGGGAGCUUAUGA